AUGACACAUUUUGCUUUUAAUGUUUCUUUAAUUGCCAAAAUUCUUGUUCUACAUGCUAUAAUGGAAAGUGUUAUCAAUGUAAUUAAGGAUGGAUUUUAAAUACUUUUGAAAGAAUUUGUUAUUCAACAUAAGGAGAUAAAUAAAUAGUAGGAAAUAAACAAUGUGAUGAUCGCAACUAAAUUGAAUAAGAUGGAUGUUUUUUAUCUUAAUUUUAAUGCCAGAAUUUUUGUGAAUCAUGUUCAAUGGGAUUAUGUCUGA